AUGAUACAAAACGAGGAUGACCAGCUCGUCGAACUGGUCGCGCUCGAUGAGGACAACGACAGCGAUGCUGCUACUGCUGAUGACGAUGAUCCCAACGACAAUGUUGAUGGCAAGCAUAAUGCCGACCCCAGCGGCCAUCACCGCAAUCCCACGACACUAGGGCCUCUGGCGGCAGAGUUGAGAGAGAAAUUGGCUCCGGUUUUCGGCAAGAUAGGUCUGGGAGACGCACGGAAGCCCGAACUGUCUCGACGUUGCAUGGUCCUACGCUCCCUCGUCGGCCAAUUUAUCAAGGCUGGGGAGGAGACACUGAUCCUGUCAUCCAGGCUGUAUGAUCUCGACUAUAUAGAACUUGCCGGUAUCGAUCCUCGGGCCAAAAUCUACCAUAUUGACGGAAAGGUGCGUGUCCAGGAUCGGACUUCUCUCGCCGACAAGUUCAACAACGAGGAGACGCCUAACGUUAUACUUUUGUCUAUGACGGCCGGCGGCGUCGGCAUCAAUCUUUAGGGCGUAUCGUGCGUCGUUAUACUUCAUAUAUGCUAUACCCCCAGCACGGUUGAACAGG